CGCCCCCCGGCUCCGGCCCGCGUGCAGCUGGUCCGCGCCAACACGGCGUCGCUGGAGGUGAGCUGGGGCGCGGUGCCCACGGCCGACUCCUACCUGCUGCAGCUGCAGAAAUACGAACUGCCCGCCGCCCCCGCCGCCCCCCCGGUGCCCUCCGUCCCCUCCAACCCCCCCAAAAGCCCGGCGCCCGCCUCCGCCGCCCCCUCCCCCGCCCCUCCGGCCCCUCAACCUUUGGCUCCGGUCGGACUCACCCUCCUGGCGCCCCCACCGGCGCCCCCCGCCAACGCCAACGCCGCCGCGGCCGCCGCCGUCGCC